AUGCCGAUCACCAGCGAUAUCAUCCUUGAUAUCUCAAAGUUCCACCCAGAGAACGUCACAGAACCAACAAAGAAAGCCGCAGCUUUCCUAGAAAACAUUAGUACCACCGGGCCCCGAUGGUGGGAGGUAGGCAUCGAAAAAUACCGUGAGAUGCGGGAGCUUGGUCAGACGCCGCUGCCCAAGCCCGUCUAUCUCCCAGAGGCUCUUGAUGGGACUGUCCCUUCGCGUGACGCUGGCCGUGAAAUCCCCAUCCGUAUAUACAAGCCCGAUAAUGGCCAGCCUAGCAAGGGCAUCUUCCUGCACUUUCAUGGCGGUGGUUUCGUACUAGCAACGCACAAACACUCCGAUAGCACCCUCCGGGAAUAUGCUAACAAGUGCCAACUAACGGCCAUUUCAGUUGGAUACCGUCUGGCCCCGGAACAUCCCUACCCGGCUGCGAUGCACGAUGCUAUCGAUGCCGCUGAGUACAUGGUGGACCAUGCAAUGGAGGUAUACGGCGCUCCCCUCCGCUUUAUCGGUGGAGAAUCAGCAGGGGCCUGUCUUGCAGCUCUGUCGGCCUUGCAGCUGAUGCGGUCACGGCCGUCUUACAAACUGUCGGGUCUCGUUCUUCCUUAUGGCUUGUUUGAUCUGGGCCUAGGUCUUCCCACGGUGGCGGCUUCGACCAAGCCCCUCAUGAUAAAUUUGGAAAUCAUGGAGCGGUUCAAUAACGCAUAUGUGCCAGGCAUGAGCACCGCUGAGCGCAGACGUCCCUGUGUGUCCCCGCUAUACGAGGACCUCCAAGCACUGGUUGCGGCCUCCUCUGUUGGAUCGUUACCCCCCGCUCUCUUCCUCUGUGGAACGGACGAUCCAUUGCUUGAUGACACGAUCAUGAUGAGUGCUAAGUGGAGCAUUGCCGGUGGCGAGGCUAUCGUCAAGAUCUACCCUGGUGCCACUCACGGUUUUACUGCGUUUCCCGGUCUUCCCGUGGCAGAGGAGGCAAAUGCGGUGACACUGGAUUUCAUUAUGGAUAAAUUGGGCGACUUGGCGUGA